ACUGGAAUCAAACUCUCCUCCUCCCUUCGUCUCUCUGAGAAUUCCAAGUUCGUGGGUUUACGACUUUAGGUACGUGUAUACGCGCGCGCACACACAUAUAUACCUGUAUAUAUAUGCAUUGAGAAUGGAUCCGGUCGGAGGAUGGUCGGGCAUGGAUUUCUUGGCCUGGAGAGGAAUGGCGUACACACUUCUCCUGCUCAACUUCGUAUUCGCUUGUCAGCUUCUUCUUCUUCAACCUCUCGUGUCUGCCUUAGAUGGCCAAUCUGUAGAUGCUUCUGAGCUAUUUGAGAGGGCUUCUCAAAGUAUAGCUAUUAGGCAUUACGCCGAGGCGCUAAAUGAUUUGAAUGCAGCCAUAGAGGCAGACCCGAAAUUUUCGAAAGCUUACCUGAGGCGUGCUUCCAUACUUCGUCACUUUUGCAGAUAUGAAGAAUCUGAAGAUAGCUACCAAAAAUAUCUAGAACUAAAACCAGGAGAUUCAGAUGCUGAAAAGGAGCUCUCUCAGCUACAUCAAGCUCAAAGCGGGUUGGAUACUGCGUUGACUCUUUUUGAAUCAAAGGAUUUCGGGAAGGCUCUUGAAUAUGUUGAUAAAGUUGUUCUUGUCUUCUCCCCUGGUUGCUCCAAGGCAAAGCUUCUCAAAGUACAGCUGCUUCUGGCUUCUAAAGACUACUCGAGUGCAAUUUCUGAGACUGGCUAUCUUCUCAAAGAAGAUGAAAAUAAUCUCGAUGCUUUGCUCCUCCGUGGUCGUGCCUAUUACUAUUUAGCUGAUCAUGAUAUUGCUCAAAGGCAUUACCAGAAAGGACUACGCCUUGAUCCUGAGCACAGUGCAUUGAAGAAAGCAUACUUUGGACUGAAAAAUCUACUCAAGAAAACCAAAAGUGCUGAAGACAAUGCUAGCAAGGGGAAGUUACGGGUUGCGGCAGAGGAUUAUAAAGCAGCUAUAGCUAUGGAUCCCGAUCACAUUGCACAUAACGUGCAUCUCUUUCUCGGACUCUGUAAGGUCACAGUCAGGUUAGGCCGGGGAAAGGAGGCUUUAGAUAGCUGCAACGAAGCUCUUAACAUAGAUCCAGAGCUGACUGAAGCUAUGCAUCAGCGCGGUGAAGCUAAACUCUUGCUCGAAGAGUGGGAAGGAGCCGUCGAGGAUUUGAAACAAGCUGCUCAAAGAUCUCAGGACAUGAACAUACGCGAAGCGCUGGGUAGAGCCGAGAAAGCAUUGAAGAUGAGCAAACGAAAGGACUGGUACAAGAUUCUUGGAGUUUCCAAGACGGCGUCUGUUUCCGAAAUCAAACGAGCCUAUAAGAAGCUUGCUCUGCAAUGGCAUCCAGACAAGAACGUCGACAACAGGGAAGAAGCGGAGAACAAGUUCCGAGAAAUCGCAGCAGCAUACGAGGUUCUUGGAGACGAAAACAAGCGUGUAAGAUAUGACAGAGGAGAAGACCUUGAGGAGAUGGGUAUGGGCGGCGGCGGGGGAGGAUUCAACCCUUUUGGCGGUGGGCAACAGUACACCUUCCAUUACGAGGGCGGCUUUCCCUCCGGCGGUUUUGGCGACCGUUUUCCGGGUGGUUUUGGUUUCGAUUUCUGAUUUUUUUUUUUUUCAGUCACUGCUAAUCAUGUAACUUUGACGUUUUCACUUCAGGUAUAUGUAUUCAUUCACCAAAGUUUUGCUCAUUUGUCUUUUUGUUUUCAUGACAUCUGAACUCAGAUGUCCCUUCCCCAGUUCCAUCCAGUUUUAGUCCUU